AUGAUGUUCGGUCCUUGUCACAGUGAUUGGUAUAAUCUCCAGAAGAAGCAUGUGAAGCCAUUUUGGUGUGGACAAUUUGAUGAAUGUAUAGAAAAGGGUCAAGCUAGUCUGCAAAAGAAGACGCACACUGAAGAGAAAUAUGCUCACAGAGUGAAGGCCAUUAUGCAUGCCCUUGAAGUGCAAAGGUCCCAUUUUUCACUUGAAGGUCAAUUAAAUACUUAUGAAUCCUGUGCAUCCAUAAAAGACCAAAUCUGUUUCCAAGAACAUAUAAAGGAUCAGAUAUCAAAACCGAUGAGCCAAACUACUGAUUGUAGUAAAGAGGGCAUAUCUUCUAUUCGAGAUGGUAGAUGUUUCAAGAUGGAAAACAUAAGCUUUGUGACACCAGUGUCUGAAGGUAGCCACAAGAGCUAUAAGAAUUUGUUGCCACCGCUUUAUGAAGGGACAGUGGAAUGCCAGGCACAAGGCAGUGAUGUUGUUGGGUUGGAUGCAAGGGUUGAAGGUUCUGUUUGUGAGCCCUCUGGACUUGAAAAUGACACACAACUUUAUGAAGUAGAGCUGACUGUUCGUGGAAACUAUGAGGGCCAUGGUUUACCCCUUGCUUUCCUCGCAAGUAAAUCAACUGGUAAACAUGUAAAGGGCUACCCUAUCACUGUGGAGGUUAUGGAGGAUGGUUCUUCUGCAGCAUGUAUUGCAGCCCAGCAAUUAGCAGCCUUGUCUGCCUACUCAAGAGUAGAAACUAAUUAGCAUGGCUAGCAAGAUCUUUGCAUGCAUCACGAUCAAAUCCUGGGAGCAAACAGAAAGCCUGUAGUUGCAAGAACCUCCCUUCUGCCAUGCUCAUCCCCAGGGGUGUCAGCUGAUGCUGGUAGCGCAGCGGAGUACCAUGUGAGACCGAUGACCAUGUGAGUACCAUGACCAUUUUCGCUGGUUACUGUGGCUCGCCUUUGUCCCUGUCACUGGCGGCGAGUUCUACCAGUCUCUGCAACGGCUGCACUUCUCUGUACUUGUAUUCACUCCUGCUCAGUUGAGAGGAAAAGUUGGGACUAUUGAUGAUUGGAGGGACAUGGAAUAGCGGCGUGGCAGCGUACAGUUCAAGUGGCAAGUCUCAGCUGUUUUGAUCUUGGAAAACUAUGGCAUGUGCGGUAGUCGUAUCUGUUGAUCUCCACCAAACUUAGAGAUGAAUUAAGAGACUAUCCAUAUACAGUACUUAGUUAUUUAUUAUAGUAUUAUGUCUCGCCAAAUC